UCGAGGCGAGGGUACAGACGGGACAGGGGGCCACACUUAAUAAUGCCGUUUUUAAGACUUGUCGUGAUCGGCAUGCAGAGGAGCUGCAGAUGCAGAAGCAAGCCCAGUCGCGGGGCCGGACGAAAGUAUGUGGAGUGAUGCGGCCGGAGCUGCCCGCGAGCCGCCAAUUGCCAGCGAAGGGCGGCGUUCUUGUUUUCUUUUUGGUGGCUAUGUAUAUGCGAGAUGCCUGUGGUGUGCUGACGAGAUGCUGCACUCCUCCUCUUCCUCGAUAACAUCCAUACCUAAACGGCGAAGCUCCCUACCAAGGACCCCUUCCCCCAACCCCUGGUCGAUAAUUGAGGUGGUGGUCGUCGAUGAAAGGCUGGACCCCCCCCAGACCCCGAAAUUUGUUGAUUGGGUUGGGCCCCCACCGAUUCUUGAAAAACCCACUGCUGGCGCCUUCCUCCAGACUUCCAUUGGCGUGGAGUGGUGGCUUCCCUGUCACCGAGAGCUCUGUGUUCUGAGCAAGAGCAAGCGAAGAACGAAGAAGGCAGGCACAUCCUGGCAGAGGAAACCAGACGGCAAGCGACCCCCGGCUUUAGCUGCGGAUCAAACCCGCUCGGCGGCGCUAGCAUCCCCUGGGCCACAUUCUGGCCGCAACCCAAUCCCACGCGACAGCCACCGAGAAGCCCAUUCGGGAUUUCCUCUGAGCAGCACUCAGCACGCGCAGCGCAGAAAGAAAGUCUCCGGGAGGCACGCACCACCUUCAGGCACGCACCAAACUCACACCCAACAUCUCACACCCCCAACGCGCAUCGACAAAACGCAGAACCCCGGGGAGCUCGGGAAAUAUCCUUGAUCGAAUUGCGUUUCUCGGCCGACGUUGCAUCGAUUUCCGCUUCCAUAUUACCAACCAGCCGCGCGCGCUCUUUAUUUUCUUGCGUGGACGAAACUUAUACCUGGUGAACCACGACUCGACCUCCGCAGUAUAUUUUUUUGAAGCUCGAGAUCGACACCCAAAAUCGCAUCGUUACUCACGUUCGACCGACCUACCGU